AUGAUUGAUAUGUCAGGUUACUCUAAGAUCAGUGAUAGCGGGGUCCUCAUCGAAUGCGGCGGGGUAGAAGAUUCCGUUGCAUUGAUGAAUAGACGGACCAUCACAUCCCGGUCAUGGUACAAGUUGACCACAAGAUGCAAAAGCCAUUGUUAUAGUUACAUGUUUUCCUCAAUUUUCCGAGUUUCUUUCCCAAAAUUUGUCCGCACCUAUAGCCGGAAGAGGAUGAGUGACACAACCAGCUUUUUGGACCGCCUUGCGGCUCUCGACACCAAUACAGUAUCCGAUGCAUUAGAUGUCCUCCACCUUCGUGGAGCCACAUACGGUCUCCGGCCUCUCUGGAACUGUCCGAAAAUUGUCGGCCGCGCUAGCACGGUCGAAGUAGGCCCGAGGAUCGGGACAGCCCCAACACCUCAUCCUUUUGCUCCUACUAUCGAUGCAGUAAGCAGUGAUGACCGGAUCCUUGUCAUUGCCGGCGGGCUGGAGGGUGUCUCCUGCUGGGGUGAUAUCAUUGCAAACGCCGCAAAGGCCAAGGGAAUCCGGGGUACCGUAAUCGAUGGAGUAUGCAGAGAUAUCGACGGUAGCGUCGAGGUCCAGUAUCCACUCUACGGACGUGCUGUUACGAUGAUCAGUGGCCGGAGUCGCAUAGUCUCUGUCAGCGCCGGAAAGCCAGUGCGUGUCUGCGGCGGUGUGACAGUCGAGCAGGAUGACUAUGUUAUCGCGGACGCGUGCGGUACUGUCUUCGUCCCUGCAGCACAUAUCUCGAUCGUCCUCACCCUUGCGGAGCAGAUCAACAACCGCGAAAACCAGAUGGUUGAGGCAGUACGCUCCGGGCAGACGGUGUCGGCGGUCAUGCGCGACUCGCGCUUCGAGCAACUCCGGCAAGAGACCGUGUCUGCUGCCGCUGCUGCCAGCCCGCUAUCGCAAGAGAAUCCCCGGAAGGCGAGUGCGGAGGAUCAGGAGUUGGUUGGACUUUUGAGGGGUUUGGACUCGCCAGCAGUCUCGGACGCACUAGAUUCCUUGGGAAUCGCAGGACAGGCCUGGGGUAUUCAGCCAUUGUCUUCUUCGGGUUCGAGUAACCGGCGUGUUACUGUUGGUCCGGCAUUUACCGUCCGUUAUGUCCCUGCGAGCGACCCGCCUGGCAGUGUAGGGGAUUUCCUGGAUGAUGUGGCGGUUGGAGAUGUGGUUGUUAUUGAUAACAGUAGCCGCACAGACUGUACAGUCUGGGGCGAUAUAAUGACUCACUAUGCCGCGCUGCGGGGGGUUGCGGGCACGGUGAUCGAUGGAGUGUGUCGCGACGUGGAUCUGGCCCUUGAGGAGGGAUACCCAUUAUACACUGCAGGACGAUGGAUGCGUACAGGAAAAGAUCGGGUCCAGGUCGGGGAGGUCAACGGGCCUGUUGGUAUUGGGAAGGUCCGGGUAGAGUACCGGGACAUCGUUGUCGCUGACUCCAAUGGCGUCGUGAUCAUUCCUCGGAAUCGCGUGCGUGAAGUAGCGGAGCUCGCCCGCAAGAUCUCGGAGAGUGAAGCCCAGAUCCGUGAGUUGUUGACGAAGAGGGGGGCUACGCUUGCAGAAACACGCCGACAACUCGGAUACCACACACUGCAACGGAGAAAAGGAAUAGAAAGAAUACCCUAG